AUGCUGUUAAUGACCAAAGCCACAACGUUCUCAUCAUGGGUCUCUCCAGAUCUCCAUAUACGAAAUCAAAAACAUCUUCUUCACCAUAAAAAUGUCAAACCAACUUUAAGAUCUUUACAAUUUCUAUCUCAAAGCUUCAACACUUUAUACUGUACACGAAUUCCCGCUACUUUAACACUGACUACAACCUCUAAUCAUCAAGUUACAGAUUACAAUGUUGAAAUUUUCAGAUUCUGUGAAAUGGGUAAUCUUCAGAAGGCGAUGGAUUUGGUUUGUAAGUCUGAAGAAGUUGAUUCCAAGACGUACUGUCACAUCCUACAGCUUUGCGCGGAGUCAAAGGCUCUGCACCAUGGCAAGACAGUUCAUAAUUUGAUAUGUUUGAGGGGAAUUGAACUUGAUUCCGUUCUGGGUUCUAAGCUCGUGUUUAUGUAUGUGAGCUGUGGGGAUGUGAGAGAAGGGAGGCGGAUUUUCGAUAAAAUUGAGAAACAUCACGUUUUUCUUUGGAACUUUAUGAUGAACGCGUAUGCAAAGAUGGGUGAUUAUGAGGAGACUGUAUCUUUGUUCAGAGUAAUGCAGGAAGUGGGUGUCGAACCUGAUUCUUACACAUUUUCUUGUUUAUUUAAAUGCUUCGCAGCUCUUGGGAAUGAAAAUUUCGGGGAAAGUAUCCAUGGUUAUGUUCUAAAGCUGGGGUUUGGACUUGAUUGUACUGUCGUGAACUCCAUGAUUGCUCUUUACUUCAAGCGUGGAAACAUUGAUAAUGCACGGAAGCUGUUCGAUCAUUUGCCUGAACGAGAUGUGAUUACUUGGAAUACAAUGAUAAAUGGAUAUGUAGCCAACAGUCUUCCAGAAACAGCCUUUGAGGUCUUCAAGAACAUGCUUAAUUCUAGGGUUAGCAUGGAUUUGGCUACAAUGGUUAGUGUUGUUGCAGCAUGUGCAAGCAUGGGUGUCCUUACUUUAGGCCAAACAAUUCAUGCUUUUACAGUGAAAAGUGAAUUCAACAAGGAAACAAAAUUUAACAACACCUUACUUGAUAUGUAUUCAAAAUGUGGUGACAUGGAUGCUGCACUUCAAGUAUUCAAAAACAUGGAUGAAAGAAGUAGUGUUGUUUCAUGGACUUCAUUAAUUGCAGGAUAUACAAGAAAAGGUGAAUCCCAUAAAGCAAUAGAGUUAUUCCUCAACAUGAAAAAGAAAGGUGUGAAACCCGAUACUUUCACAGUCACAAGCAUCCUUCAUGCUUGUGCUUCAAAUGGUUCACUAGAAAAAGGCAAAGAAGUUCACAAUUACAUCAAAGAAAACAAAAUCCAAUCUUUAGCAGUUUCUAAUGCUCUUAUGGACAUGUAUGCUAAAUGUGGUAGCAUGGAUGAUUCAUAUCAUGUUUUCUCUGAAACCCCUUUUAAAGAUAUUGUCUCAUGGAACACAAUGAUUGGAGGCUACUCAAAAAACUGUCUUCCAAGUGAAGCACUUACUUUAUUUACCAAAAUGCAAAGUGAAAUCAAACCUGAUAACAUAACAAUGACAUGCAUCCUUCCCGCAUGUGCCAGCCUGGCAUCUUUAAACAAAGGCCGAGAAAUCCACACACAUGUUUUAAAAAAAGGGUUUUCUUCAGAUCAAUUUGUCAUCAAUGCACUUAUUGACAUGUACAUGAAAUGUGGAGCUUUACUUUUAGCAAAAUCAAUCUUUGAAUUGACCAAAAUCAAGAAUCUUGUCACAUGGACAAUCAUGAUCUCAGGGUAUGCCAUGCAUGGAUUUGGACAUGAAGCUUUAUCAACCUUCAAAAAGAUGUGUGAAAAUAAUGAAAAGGGUAAAAAAGGAAUUGAACAUAAUGAAGCUUCGUUUACUUCUAUACUAUACGCGUGUAGCCAUUCAGGGUUGCUCAAUGAAGGUCAAGAAUUUUACAAAAUCAUGGUGAAUGAGUUCAAGAUUGAACCCAAGUUAGAGCAUUACGCAUGUAUGGUGGAUCUUCUUUCUAAAACAGGAAAGUUAUCAGAAGCGUAUAAGUUUAUCAAAAAGAUGCCUGUUAAACCUAACUCCACAAUAUGGGGAGCAUUACUUUCUGGUUGUAGGUUUCACCAUGAUGUGAAACUAGCCGAAAAAGUUGCAGAAGAAAUUUUCGAAUUAGAACCAGAAAACACAGGAAACUAUCUACUUUUGGCUAAUAUAUACUCAGAGGCUGAGAAAUGGAAGGAAGUGAAGGUGUUAAGAGAUAGAAUUGUUACAAGGGGUGUAAAAAAGAAUGUAGGGUGUAGUUGGAUAGAGAUUAAGGGUCAAGUUUAUAUAUUUGUUGGAGGAGAUAAAGAGAAUCCAGAGGCUAAAAAGAUUGAAUCUUUAUUGGAUAAGUUGAAAAUGGAGAUGAAGAAAGAUGGAUGCUUAGAUAGAGUAAAAUACGGAUUGGUUGAUGAAGAUAUGGAGAAAGAAGUUAAGGUUUGUGGGCAUAGUGAGAAGCUUGCAAUGGGUUUUGGGAUACUGAAGUUGGCUCAUGGUAGGACAAUACGGGUGACUAAGAAUAUGAGAGUAUGUUGGGAGUGUCAUGAAAUGGCGAAAUUUGUUUCCAAGAAUGUUGGGAGGCAGAUUGUGUUGAGAGAUUCGAAUAGGUUUCAUCAUUUUAAGGAUGGGUUUUGUUCUUGUAGAGGUUAUUGGUGA